AUGGUAGUAGCGUUUGUUACGACAGCUAUUGAAGAUGAGCUGCCGAGGCCUAUUAAAGAGGAGGAAAUUGGAGUCAGCGAUUCAAACACGUUCAGCGAGGAGUCUGCAAAAAAAUAUCUGCAGAUAAUACUUGGAGACAAGCCAAGAGUAUUCGGUCUGGAAUACCACUAUAUCAAAACGAGGGACUUAAAGAACCUCGUUGACAGUAUUGCUGCGAAAUCAAACAUACCGAUUCACACAGAUUGGCAACUUGUAGAUGGUUAUUUUUGGUUAGGCUCACCCAGUGUUUACAGAAACCUGUCAAAUGUAGUAGCAGUCUUGGAAGGCGAAAGUGGGUUUUACCCCAAUGGCACCAUUGGAACGUCGAUUCUUGUUAACUGUCACCAUGACUCUGUUCCAUUUGCAAUUGGUGCUUCAGACGAUGGGCUAUUUUGUGCUGCCAUGGUCGAAACAUUAGAAAAGUUAUCACGACGGACAACUAAACUGAAGCACAAUGUAAUUUUUCUCAGUAAUGGAGCUGAGGAAAUGGGGUUACAGGUAACAGAUCCCAGAGUUCUAGAAGCAUUUAGAAGAUCAACCUCAAGGCCCAUGGCUCAAAGCUUAGGAGAAUUUUUGUUUUCUAACGGAAUUAUACCAUCCGGCACCGACUUUCUAAUUUGGAGAGAAUUCGGUGAUAUCAUGGGUGUAGAUAUUGCGUUCGUUCAAUGGGGUCACAUAUAUCAUACACGAAACGACAGGAUUGAAUUAAUUAGAGACGGUGUCAUACAAAAUGCUGGAAACAUGCUUCUGCCACUAGUGAGGACCUUAGCAGACUACGAAGGCUUAGUAAACAGGGUUCCACGUUCAACAGCCGUAUAUUUUGACUACAUGGGCUGGUUUCUCAUAACAUUUACACGAUCUGCGGCCCUGGCGGUUGACAUACUCGUUGUGCUGUUGGGAUUUACGAGUGUCGCCUAUCCAAUAUUCAUAUUCGGAAUUAGUACACGGACAACUUUGUCGUUCAUUCGUGAGUUGUUAUGGUCUCUGGUGGGUCGUUUACUAAGCAUAGCGAGUGGAGCAGCCGUUAUAGCUGUAUUUGCUUUCAUUAUGAUCGCUACGACUGUACAAAUGAGAUAUUUGUCGGGAUAUUGGCUUAUAGCACCGUUGUAUUGGUUGCCUUACGUGGUUGCUUCCGUUGCAGCCGCUCAUAUAUUUGACUUCUGGCGAAGCAAAAAGACAAAACUUGACUCUUCAAUACGGACUAUUCAAGCGAUGACCGCCACGCGUUUCAUAAUAACCGUGCUUUUGCUGGCUCUAUGUUGCUUACCAAUGUUCUUCAACGUCAGAUAUCUGAUAGGAACUCCUCUGUUCUUGAUGUGUGUCGGCAGUAUGAUCUCUAUGACGGUGGUUCGAUACUCUAAAGUUAGUGCAUGGCAACACCUUGUAUUGGAAGUGAUAGUGCACAUGCCCGCGACUCUGUUCACGUUGUCGCUCGGGACACGGCUCCUGGCGCUGAUGAUACCAAUAACUGGUCGCUCCGCCUCCGACUCCCCGGAUGUUCUUGUCACUAUUGCGGCGGCUGCUGUCACGGUUUACGCUGUUUUUACUGUGUCAGGAAUUGAAUUGCUGUUCUCCCGCAAAUGGCUGUGGAUAGUGUUGUGCGGCAUAGGUGCAGUGUGCAUCAUAGUGAUGUUCAUCCCCAUGAACCCGUACCGAGACGAGAACACCACUCAGAGGCACAGUUGGUUCCACUCUCGAGUGGUAACCUACGAUGCGAAUUUCAAUGAAAUCAGCAGCACCUCAGGCCUCAUAAUAGCUAAGACAGACGCCAACAAUAUACAAGACGCGUUGUCAGCGAUCCGCAACAGCGAGCUGUAUGUAGGAGAUGGUCCAACUAGCGAAACCAACCCGAGAUUACAAAUCAGAGAAAGUGACUUACGGAUACUGAGGGAGGAGUGUCAAGGCACGCUUUACUGCGACUUGCCCGUAUUUUCACCGCGAUCAUACACAAACAAUCUAUUCGUGUCCAUGACUCCGCCGGAUGAUUUCGAACCCAAAUUAUCAUUACUGGAUCGUAACUGCACUGGAAAUAUUUGCAAACUUACUUUUGAAAUAUCUGGUACCGCACACAACAUGAUAACGAUUUGGCCGCGAGAAAACGUUACUCUAAUCGCCUGGCCCUUCAGAGCCCCGAUGUUCUCCACACUCAGAGUGCAGGGGAGACCUGUGUUCAAUAUAAGACAAAAUACAAACACUUACAGUGAAGUCCUGGCUCCGUACCUGCUGACUUUAGACUUCAGGGUACCUGAGUCCUUACAAUCUGAUAUUAUUUUGGAUAUAAUUCUCAACUCUCACAAAAUCAACCAUCCGGAAGAUUUCACGGACCAUUACAAGCAAUUGCUCGAAGUCAUGCCUGAAUACAUGAACGUAGCCACUUUCUUGAGUAUCCGGAGUAAUUAUGUGUUCUAA